CGACAAGACGUUAAAUACACUGGUCCUUCCACCGUCUAUUGUUCGCUCAGGCAAUGAAUUUUUCUUUCACGUACACCUGGCUGGUGGCCUUGGCAACCCUCUUGGUUGUGAGCCAGUGUGAGAACCUCAUUGGAUAUGGCUACGGAGGUCCUCAUAGCAUUGGACAUGGCCUUUACGGAGGCUACGGCAGUCUGUACCGUGGAUAUGCUGGCUACAGAAGCGGCUAUGGAAGCGGAUUUGUGGGGAGAAGACAUGGAUUCGGAGGCGGGUACGGUGGAUACAGGGGAUACACAGGGCACGGCGGGUAUGGCGGGUACGGCGGGUAUGGAACUGCCAAGAGCUCCGUUUCGUUUAACCUCGGUGGACCUCGGGGUAUUUACGGUGGUCCUUAUGGGUAUGGAAAGUGAGUCAAGGGCAUGUAUUGAAUCCACGGAGUCUGUGUGAUG